UGACAGCGGUGCCACUAAAGGAUACAAACGGAAGGUUAACCAAGCUGACAGCAAGUAAUCUGACAGCGGAGAGAGGAAUUCUUUGCUUUGUCGCCGCCGAUUGCUAUCGUUUGUGUUAUGAGAAGAGGACGCUGGCUGCUUUAGGACUGUGAUUGAGCACCAUGACUGCAGCCCCUCCACUCAGACGGACAGAUUCCGCUCGGGGGGAGUUUUCCCCUCUGAAGCACUUUGUUGUAGCCAAAAAGAAGAUAAGUGAUGUGUUUGAACAGCUACUGAAUUAUGUGAAAGAGACUUCAGAGUUUGUUGAAGAAACCUGCGGGAAUAAAGCUUUGGAGAACAUUGCCAGUCAGGAUCAAAAGUUGGAGAUUCAGGCGUAUGCCGGCAAACUUGCUGUCAUUAAGGAGGUGCUGGCCCGCAGACACAUGAAAGUGGCCUUUUUUGGCAGGACCAGUAAUGGUAAAAGCACAGUGAUCAACGCCAUGCUGAGGGACCGCGUGCUGCCCAGCGGUAUUGGCCACACCACUAACUGCUUCCUGAGUGUGGAGGGCACAGAUGAAGACAAGGCCUACCUAAAGACAGAGGGCUCUGAUGAGGAGAAGAGCAUCAAGACUGUAAACCAGCUGGCUCAUGCACUCCACAUGGACGAGAGUCUGGACGCCGGCUGUCUCGUACGCGUCUUCUGGCCGAAAACCAAGUGUGCGCUGCUUCGAGACGACCUGGUGCUUGUAGACAGCCCAGGGACAGACGUCACAUCAAAACUGGACAGCUGGAUUGACAAGUUUUGCCUGGAUGCUGAUGUCUUCGUGCUGGUUGCCAACUCUGAAUCCACUCUCAUGAACACGGAAAAGCACUUUUUUCACAAAGUGAACGAACGCCUGUCAAAGCCAAACAUCUUCAUCCUCAACAACCGCUGGGACGCCUCAGCAAACGAACCAGAAUACAUGGAGGACGUGAGGAAGCAGCACACAGACCGUUGUGUCAACUUCCUGGUAGAGGAGUUGAAGGUUGUGGACCGUGAGCAGGCACCCAACCGCAUUUUCUUUGUCUCUGCCAAAGAGGUGCUCAACUCCCGCAUGCAACGUGCACAGGGCAUGCCCGAAACAGGUGGAGCUCUGGCUGAGGGAUUCCAUGAGAGACUGAAGGAGUUCCAGAGCUUUGAGAGGAGGUUUGAGGAGUGUAUCUCGCAGUCAGCAGUGAAAACAAAGUUUGAGCAGCACACUAUCAGGGCCAAGCAGAUCACAGAAAAAGUCAAGAGCAUCAUGGACGCCAUCAACAUCGAGGCAGCCGAGAAGAGAGUGGCAGCAAUGGAGGACAGAGAGUAUCAGAUGGACCGGUUGGAGUUUGUCAAGAAUCAGCUCAACUUGCUGAUGGACGACAUCAAGAAAAAGAUCAAAGCCAUAAGUGAAGACGUGGAGUCCAAGGUGUCCAGCGCAAUGGGGGAGGAGAUCUGCCGUCUCCACGUAAUUGUUGACGAAUUCCACGCUGACUUCCACCCCUCACCUCAUGUCCUCAAGAUCUACAAGUCUGAGCUGUUUUCUCAUGUUGAGGAGGGGAUGGGGAAGAACCUGGCUUUCCGCUGCUCCGACGCCGUGAACACUUCUGUCCAGUCCUCUCAGAGUUACAUGAUAGAGAGCAUGAUCCCCCUGCUUCCCUCUGCGGUCAAGAGCCAAGUCCACAUGCUGGUACCCAGCAGGAAGUUUGACCUGAGUUACGACCUCAACUGCGCCUCACUCUGCAAUGACUUCCAGGAGAACAUUGAGUUUCAGUUUUCGUUGGGCUGGACAGCGUUAGUCCACCGCUUCCUGGGCUCUGUCAACGCACAGAGAGCACUCAGACUGGUGGACCAGAACUUCCAGGCCUCUCGACCAGCACUGCCCCUGGCCAAUACACCCUCCUCAGGACCCCCCUCCACCAUAUCUCAGCCCAACCACGAGACAGCCCUCAUGACCCAGGAGGACCUGAUGGUAGCGAUGGCAACCAAUGUGGCUUCCCUCACCUCCCGCACUUCAAUGAGUGUUAUCAUCGUUGGAGGAGUGGUUUGGAGAACAGUUGGCUGGAGGCUUAUCGCCAUGUCGGCCUCGCUGUACGGCUUGUUGUACCUGUACGAGAGACUCACCUGGACCACAAAGGCAAAGGAGCGCACUCUGAAGCGCCAGUUUGUGGACUAUGCAACAGAGAAGCUGCAGCUCAUCGUCAGCUUCACCAGUAGUAACUGCAGCCACCAAGUCCAGCAGGAGAUGGCUACGACCUUUGCUCGGCUCUGUCAGCAGGUGGACCAGACGCAGAGAGAGCUGGAGGCAGAAAUCCGCCAUCUGACAGCCAAGAUAGAUCAGCUGGAGACCGUCCAGAGUCGCUCCAAGAGCCUGCGACAUAAGGCCACAGAGCUGGAGAAGCAGUUGGAGGCGUUCACAAACCAGUACCUGCAGCUUCAGCAGUGAAGAUGCUCCCCUUCAUCGCUCCACACUUUGUUUCGUGUUGAGUCAGUCAUUCCUCCGCCCGGCGCCACCUCACUGCGCCCGAUCCUCCUCCUCACCCACACUACACCACAGUUUCUGUGUGGGCAGUGCUGCUGAAAAGAUUAGGAGAUUAAUCGAUUAGUAUGUCACCAGAAAAUAAAUCCAGUGGCUAUUUUGAUAGUCAAUGAAAUGUUAUUCAUGAAACUUCAUGCAAGAAACUUCUACAGCCCCUGAGAUGUGAAGAUUUGAUCCUUUUCAUUUUAUUUGCGAAACUUGAUAUUUAUUUUCUUUUUUUUUGUGUCACACCAAAUAGUCCAUUCGAAGACAGUUUUUUGGUAACUUUUAAUGGCCAUUUUUCUUUUUUCUUUUUUUUUUUUGAGGGGGGGGGGGCUUUUUUUGACUAUCAGUUUAAUCAAAAAGAGGAAAAGAUUUAUCAAUACUGAAAAUAAUCAGUAGUUUCUUUCUUAGUGGACAGAGAAGAGUGGAGGCCCAGACACAACAGUAUUUUCCCCUCCUCCUCAGCCAGCCAGCUGCUUCAGGUGCUUGAGAAAGAGCAGUGAACAAACUGUAAAACGUGAAACUGCCCGAUGAUACAAACUGGGACUCAUGGUGUGCAAGAUGCUCCACAAAGAAACAGUAAAAUCUCGGUCGGCGUGAAGGCAACUUACCGGUCGGGUGCUAUAUUUUGUCACUAACGUGCUUCUAACUGUGAAUAUGCCUUUUUUGACUAACUUUUGUGGAGCAAAUGAAGUUUGUUUGUCUGUAAGAUUGUACAAUGUAUCUGUUCACGCACAUGAUCUACUGUAUUGUAGAAACAAAAAUUAAAUAUAUUUAAUAAUGAAAGAAAACAAUUUGUUUUUCUGAGUUAGAAGGACCUGGUCAAGUAAAUUCACUGAAAGAAAUUGUUGGCGAAGCAUGUCUUUAAAAUGCUGUAGGUUUAUGUUCUAUUUUCUAACAACACAAACUGUAUAGAUAAAAGGCUUUGGAAAUCUUCAUAUAUUUUAUAAUAUCCUAUUUUAUUUAUACCCAUUAGACUUAUAAUGACAAUUACACAAGUCUGCACUUUGUAAAAUUGUCUUUUUUCUUUUUUUUUCUUUUUUCUGAAAGUGUGUUAAAAUUACCCCAGAUUUGCCAUACUGUAUUAAAUCUACCACAAUCUAAAACAGACUUUUUGUACGUUUUAUUUGAAAAACUUUCCUUUCAGUACUGUGUGUCAAAGGUAAAUAGUGUUUGACCACUAUUGGCACUUUGGAGCAAUGCUUGUACAAAUUAUUUUAUUUCUUUUUAUCCAUGUAUCAUUAAUUUCUUUUAAUAUUCAAUCAAGAAUCCAAAAUCAGAAAAUUUAAAAAAAUAAAUUAAUUUUCCUAUUUAUGUAUGAUUUUCCCCAAGGGUUUUUGUGAGAAACACUGAAUGAAAACAUAAUUUUUGUUUUGUUUGUUUACAAGAAAAUUCCCCAGGGCACCUUUUAACUUCUAAAACGUAUGAAAUCCUGCAUGAGAAAAUUGAAAAACAAUGUUCAGUGUC